GCGUUUACGUGUAGUCGUGACGUGAGAGUCUCGCGUGAGGGGACGUGUGGCAUUGGGAUUGCCUGAUAGACUAGGAACCUGCUAGGCGGCUGCAGUUUACAGCUUUUCGGUAUGUAUAAGUAGCGCUCCGCGACUUCGGGCUGUGUUGGGAAAGACGAUACGGUUGAGCAGUAAACACGUGGAUUAGCGUCCCCCCUUGCUGUCGGUUUCCUCUUGGAGUGAACAUUGCAUAUUUAUGGCGAUUCGGCGCGUAAGAACAGAAUACUGCCAGGCUCAGCACAGCAUUGGCACAGACAAGUGAGCUGAGAAGUUUGUCUGUGCCUCUUUGAGCCCACUUUCCAAUCAUCAGCCUUUUGCCAGCUGCAGUAAAGCCUAUGGGAGUUACUAAUUACUUUCUUACCUUGCAACCACCUUGCUUUUGCAAAUUAAUUUUUCCUUUUGUGAAGGGAAGAAUUUUACAAAGUGGGGACUAAGGGCGGAGGCCAACUCUGCAGUUAAUUUUUCUCCCCCCCAAAUGAGUGCCUCCUUGCCAUAAAGACCAUUGGUGAUUUUUUUUAAAAUACCCCCUUUUUUCCUUUCCAUAAGUUAUGUAAGAAAUUCUCAUUGGAUGCUCUACUGCAUCCCUCACAAAGUGCUUGACUGCAUUCAAAACAUCGCUGGGACUUUUGCAAUAAGUUUUUUUUUUUUUUUUUUUCUUCCUGCAAAAUAAAUAUCUUUUUUUCUUUAUAAAAAAUUUUCAUAUUUUUUGCUGUGAAUUUUUUCAGGAUUUUUUCCCAAGAAAUAUCCUUAUUUUUUUAAUCUGAUCAAAAUGAACCGUCCGGCUCCUGUAGAAAUCUCUCAUGAGUGCAUGCGUUUUCUAAUUACACAUAAUCCAACCAAUGCCACACUCAACAAGUUUACUGAGGAGCUGAAGAAAUAUGGAGUUACCACACUUGUGAGAGUAUGUGAUGCAACAUAUGAUAAAGCUCCAGUAGAAAAGGAAGGGAUACAGGUUUUAGAUUGGCCCUUUGAUGAUGGAGCGCCACCACCAACACAGAUAGUUGAUGAUUGGCUAAACCUCUUGAAAACCAAAUUCCGUGAGGAAGCUGGAUGCUGCAUUGCUGUUCACUGUGUGGCCGGACUUGGGAGAGCUCCUGUGCUGGUUGCUCUGGCACUGAUUGAAUGUGGCAUGAAAUAUGAAGAUGCGGUUCAGUUUAUCAGGCAGAAACGAAGAGGAGCAUUUAAUUCCAAGCAAUUGCUCUACCUGGAAAAGUACCGGCCUAAAAUGCGCCUUCGGUUCAAGGAUGCCAAUAAUCCUUGCUGUAUGCAGUAGUGCAGUGUGGAAACCACUGGCUUUCAUCAGAUCCUUGUUACCAGUUAAAAUGGAUAUGUUAUGGUGGAAAUCUUGAACCAGAAAGCAAGAUCGUUUUUUUUUGUUUUUUUUUACCUCCGUCCCAUUGGAAAAGAAAACCUGCAAACAAAAGUGUAACAGAAAGCAAAAAAUAGUGAAAUUAAAACACAUUUCAGUGAAGGACUUUUUUUUUUUGUUCAACUUCUCCCCCAAUUUUUUGUCUUUGACAGCUGCACAAAUGCAAGGUUAAAUAGUUUUUUUUUUUUUUUCUGUGUGACGUAACAAAACUUGAGUAAGAUGUGUAUAGGGCUGAAUAACCAAGCCCAGGUGUGAAUCCUAGCACUUCCAGAUUGCCAAACAUGUGGAGCAAUACAGGCAGGGGCAUGGUAAGCAAAUAAACUGACUAAAGUGUAACUGAAUAAUGUUUAUCUAGAGAAGGCACAGUAACCUAUGUAUUCUGUACUCCUCUGCAGGACCCUAGCAAUAGACUGUAUGGAUGAGAAUUAAUACAUCCUUAACCAGAAAUGUGAGCUAAAGCAAGUAGCCCACAUCCUUACCUAUGGUUCAUGGACAGAUAUACAAGAUUUAGCUAAAAUUAAAUGAUUUAUGGAUUUUUAUAUUUCUUCCCCUAAAUCCUCCCAACAUAACCUGAAAUAUAUGUUAAAAGACAGAUUGCAUAAAGAAAAUACUGCAUUUCUCAGGAUAAUUAAUGCCCAUUUUCAGCACAGCAACUAUUUUUAUUCUGAAAUAAAACUAUUGCUGUUCCGCCUUAAGCCAAAUCUAAUGGUCAGUGGCCACAAAAUGAUGCAGUUUUGGAUAUGAAUUAAAUAACUGUGUCACUACAAAUAGAAUCUGCUAUUGAUACUUUUUUUUUCCAAUAGUCUUGGUAACAGCAAUGCCAUAAGUGUGCAUGAAAAUAGAUAGAACUAAAUUAGAUAUAAACCGUUCCAUCUGAAAAAAUGUGUUCUUUAAGCAUAUCUAAGCAUUGCCCCUACCCCAAGAUAAUCUGAAAGGAGUCAGGAGAACAGAACUCUCAACUGCCACAGGGUUAUUGUAAGAAUCAUAAAUUGUUGCUUGUGCGUAAUCCGAGCUGCUGUGUGCAUAUCCUCUGGACAAAUGGAGGAGGAUGUAAGACAUUUAUUUGUUAGAGAACCCAUCAAUUGUACUGGUGAGAGCUGUAGUUUAGGGAAAGAUAAAUACACUUGUUAAUGUCUAUUUGCUUUGUGGGGGGUCUUGUUAAUGUUCUAGCUGCAGGAUGGAAUACAUUAUCAACUCUUUUCUUGAAAUUCUUGACCUCCAGAAUCUUAUUUUGCUGUUUACAUUCAGCCUUUAAAAUAUUCUAACGUUUUACUUGCCUAUAGUUCCCCAGUAUGAAUUAAAAUGUAAACUGUAAUGUUCUCCUGAACACGCUGACAGGUAAAGGUUGUGCAGGCAAUACAAACAAAGCAUUGUUUUGAUAUCCGUAGCCAAAUCUCAAGCAGCCUAACCGUGCCCACUGGGAGCUGUGCAUUUAGGGCAGAAAAGCAACUUUCCAUAUUAAAUCUGCAAUGCCAAAACAAAAAAUCAUGGUGUCCUCAUCCUUUGGCAUGUGUGUGCUAAACUCUGACUCUUUUAUACAAGGUCCGAUUACUGUUUUUUCAGUUUUUAAUGAGCUGGUGGAAACUUGUGCCUAUAUGGUCUUUCCUCCCCUUUGCAGUAAAAUUAUGUUCAGGGGGAUGAACGACUCUCACAGACUAUAACUUAUUAAUUUAAUGUUCAAGCAUUGAAAGAUAUAUAAUUUUGUUUUCUUGGAGGACACGCUGAGCUGUGCAGAUGUACACAUUUGUGUACAUCAAUACAACAGAAAAAAAAUCUCAUGAAACAUAUUCAAUAAAAUAUUUUACAAAUACUA